AUGACGACUUUAUAUAGUAAAGUCCUCACAAAUGUCGCACAGGGAGAGAUGCUUCGUGCUUUGAGUAGAAUUGAUACUUUUAUUCUAGAGACUGAAGGAGUUAUUUAUGGUGGAAACAAACUAUUUCCUUUAUCCAAACAAACAGUUUCUGCACUUGAGCAAUUAGGUAAAAAUAUUAUAUAUUAUCCAUCAUAUUCUGCUUUCUAAUGAAUUUCGCCUGUUAAUAACCAUUAUUAUAUCAAAUUUAUUGUAAAAUAUUUUCUAAAUCAUUAAUUAAAAAUAUUUUUUUAAAAAAUCCGGAAUACACUCGAAGAAGUAGAUUAAGCUAUCAGAAAAAAUUACAUGACUUUGGAAUUACUACCUCGGUUAAUCAAAUUUACACUCCAAGUUCUAUGACCGCUGAAUACAUGAGAAGAUUUCAUCCAGAAAUUAAAAAAGUCUAUACUAUUGGAAAUAAUCAAGGCUUCUUAAAAUAAAAAAGUAUCUUUCAAAGAAAACCUGCUUGUGAGAAAUAGUGAUCAUUUAAUAUAUAAAAAUAUAUCUGGUUGGUGGUGUAUGAGCAGCAGAAGAACUAAAACAAGCAGGAAUUAAAGUUCUUGAAGUAGGUGACUUUAAAGAACACAGCAAUGAAUCAUCCAAACUCCUAGAAAAAAUCAAUAGUGAUAAAGAUGUUGGUGCAGUUGUUGUGAGUUUUGAUGAAGCUUUUACAUUCCAAAAACUUACUUUGAGUGCUCUACUGCUAGAAAGACCAGACAUUAUGUUUAUAGUUACUUCUUUGGAGCCUUAUAGCAUUGUGGAUGGGAAAAAAUACCCCGGGGUUAGCCCACUUAUUGCUUCAAUUUCAAAAGUUUCUGGGAGAAAGCCUGAUCUCGUCACUUGUAGACCAAACCCUAUUAUGUUUCAUAUGCUCAAAGAAAAUUACCCUGAAAUUGAUCCACACAGGACAUGCAUGGUUGGAGAUUCUAUCACUAAAGAUUUAAAAUUCGCAAAUAAUUCAGGGAUCUUAUCUAUGCUAACCUUAUCAGGGAUAACUAUGCCCCAGCAGCUAGAACAUGUUCUUAGUCAAAAUGUUGAUUUUGUAAUCCACGAUUUUUCAAGGAUAUACCAAAUUUUAAAUUAA